AUCACGCCGAGCCAGUGACAUCAUCUCCUCUGUCGCCCGAGAUCCUCAUCUUCCCGGCGGGGCUUUUGAAGGCCCCAAUGACGUCCGCCGGAAGAUAUGGCAGCAAUAGCGGUGCGGCGGCUCCGGCCGGCUUCGAUCCCCUUGCCCUCGCCAGCUGCUCUCGUAGCUCGUGCAGACAAGCUUCUGACCUACAAAAGCCACCAACUCUUGGAUUCAUCAUUGGCUCGUCGCUGUAGCGCAGUCAAUCGCAGGAGUGCAUCCGGCAAACUCUUCUCCCAGCCAUGGCAGACACGAGCAUCAAAAUCGCCGUUCGGGUCCGGCCGUUCAACACCCGCGAGAUCGAACGGCAGGCAAAGCUCUCCGUGAGCAUGGACGGCGCAACGACCAUCCUCAAGCGGGAGGGAGACGAAGAAAAAAAGUUCACGUUCGACUACUCGUACUGGAGCCACGACGGGUUUGACGAGAAGGAGGACGGUCUGUGUGUGCCAAAGUCGCAGUCGCACUAUGCCGACCAGAAACGGGUCUUUGAAGAUCUCGGACGAGCCAUCGUGCAAAACGCCUGGGACGGCUUCAAUACCUCCCUGCUCGCCUAUGGCCAGACCGGUUCGGGCAAGAGUUACUCCAUGUUUGGCUACGGCGCCAACAAGGGUCUGAUUCCGAUGAUCUGUGACGAGCUGUUCACCAGCAUGGCAAAGAAGGGAAGUGAGGAUGUUCAGUUCCGGGUGCUGUUCUCGAUGAUCGAGAUCUAUCAGGAGAAGGUCCGGGAUCUGAUCACUGGCUCUCAGGAGUCGCUCAAGGUCCGACACAAUCCAACGAUUGGCUUUUAUGUCGAGGAUCUCAAAUCAGUUCCUGUCCAGAACUACAAGGAAAUCGAGAUGCUCUCCGAGAAGGGCACUCGCAACCGCACCAUUGCCGCGACCCGAAUGAACGCCACCUCCUCUCGCUCCCAUACCAUCAUCAUGAUCACUUUUAUCCAAGUCUCCAAGGCCGACAACACAGAGAAGCGGUCGAUUAUCAAUCUUGUUGAUUUGGCCGGAUCCGAGAGGACAGACUCGGCUGGAACGGAAGGCGAGCGCCUCAAGGAAGGAGUCAACAUCAACUCGUCGCUGUCUGUUCUCGGUCAAGUCAUCGCAGCCCUUGUUGCCAAACAGAGCGGCAAGAACAAAACCGCUGUCGUCCCGUACCGUGACUCGACUCUGACCAAGCUGCUUGCCAAUGCGCUCGGUGGAAACAGCAAGACAGUUAUGAUUGCCGCCCUGUCUCCGGCCGAUAUCAAUUACGAAGAGACGCUGUCGACCCUGAGAUUCAUGGACCGAGCCAAGCAGAUCAAGACGCAGGCCGUUGUCAACGAAAGCCCGAUCGACAAGCUGAUACGAGAGCUCAAGGAGGAGAACGAAGCUCUCAAGCGCAAGAUGGUCGAGGCAGGCGGCAAGGGCGGAUCCGGCGAAGAUGCCCAGCUGCGACAGCAAAUCAUGGAGUAUGACAAGGCCAUCGCUGAUCUCAACAAGAGCUGGCAGCAGCGUCUCGAGGAGGUGCAGAAGCAGAAGGAGGAGGAUACCAAGGCCGAGAAAGCCAAGGAGAACCGCAAGAACGCGGAGCCAUAUCUGAAGAACAUCAACGAAGAUCCGCUGCUUUCCGGCAUGAUGAUUUACUUUAUUCAGCCCGGCAAAAUGACCAUCGGUCUGAAGCGAACGGGCAAAGCGGAUAUCCCGCUGAGCGGACUGAGCAUCCGCGCCAACCACGCAAUCGUCGCGUGCUCCCAAAACGACGCCACCGUCAUUGUCAACGGUCGCCCGCUGACCAAGAACACCGAGUCCCUUCCACUCGAACACAACGCACGCAUCCUGAUAGGCACGCAGCACCUCUUUGUACUGAAGCUGCCCAGCGUCGCCGAUGAUCCCACCGCCGAGCCCACGUGGGAGAGUGCCCAGGAGGAAAUCGCCCGUGCCUCUGGCUUUGGGAAGGACGAGCUCGCCAGCCAGGCCAUGCAGCUCAUUUACAACGACAUUACUGAGAUUCUUCCCGCAAUCCGCGAGAUCAACGCCAUCGCUGAGGCGCUGAAGAAGACCAAGAAGUUUGAGUUGCUGCUCAAGACAAAGGAGAUGAUUUCCAAGGAGCUAAAGAACAGCGAGGCUGUUUGUGUGCAGAUCAACGACUUUUACCGUCACAUCAAGUGGAUCUGGGACAAGUCCAAGUUCAUGGACAUGCGCGUCAGAAUGCAGGAAAUGUACACUUCCUUUGUCGAAGGUGGCCUCGAGGCGCUGCAAAAGUGGACCAAAGACAAGGAUCCAUUUGAGGUCGAGCCGGUGGAUUGGCACAUUGGCAAUGCGAGUGUGUCGCUCAAGAACCUGCCCUAUUUGAUCGACAUCCGGGAUACAGUCAUGAUCAACAACCUCGUGGGCGGCAACGAGGGCAUCCUCAAAGUGAGCAUCUCUCUCAAGAUCGUCGACCGCGCCAAGGGAGACAAGGCCGAGCUGGGCUCCGACCCAAAUCAACUCCUCACGCGGACAGGAGAGAUUCAAGUGACCCUGCACUCGGCGAUGGGCAUCCGCUGGAAGAAAGGUGAGAUCUAUGCCCGCUAUCAGCUGCCGUUCCAGGUCAAAGAGCCGGCCAAGGCCGUCCACCAGACCAAAGCCAUCUCCAACACAAGCAACCCACAGUUCGACGACGGAUACGCCACCAAGUUCACGAUCACACAAGAGUGUCUUGGUGCGCUGCAGAGCCAGCCGCUGGUCGUCUCCAUCUUUGGGAUCCACAAUCUCGAGGCCAUCAAGCAGGUCUAUGGCGACACGCCGCUGCCGGCGAACCUGGCUCCAGAGCGGCCUGUGACCGCAUCGCCCUCGGAGGAAUACAAGAGCAAACUCGAGCAGCUCUCCGAGCGGAUCCUCAAGUCGCAAUCCAAGGAGGAGAUCGAGAAGGUGCGCAAGGAGCUGGCUGCGACCGUCUCGCAGAUCCAAAAGAACCUCGGGCUCGCUCCCGCGCCGCCGCCCAAGACCCCAGAUGAGGUCAUGGACGGGAACAAAAAGACGGUGCAGGACUAUGUCAAGGCGCUCGUGGCCAUGAUCGCCAAGAUACAAAAGAUCAAAGAUCCCAAGAAGGCCAAGGAGGAGCUCGCGGUCUUUGUGAUGAGCGGCAUCGAAAAGCUCGCGGCCGUCAACAAAGCCCAGCUCUCGGCCGAGGACAAGCAGGACCCUGCGCUGGAGAUCAAGCAGCAGGCCAUCAGCGAUGCCACCGCCAAGAUCAAGAGCAUCCACGCCGCCGAGCUUGGGUCGGCCCAGAGCAAGGAGGACUACGAUAAGAUCGUCAAGGAACUCAAUGGCAUCAACGACACCCUGACCAAGAAUGUCACCAGUCCACCCAAGGUUGCCCCGGACCUUCUCCAGCGCCGCGAGAAGCUCAACGAAGCGACGCUGGCGCUGCAAAAGCGCUCGAACGAAAUCAACCAGCAGCUCCUGAAGGUUCUCCGGACCGCGGUGACCCCCGCGCAGCUCCAGGAGAUCGAGAAGCACCUGGACGCAAUCACCAAGACCAUCGUCGCAGUGCCGCCCGCGGUCGAUUCCAAGGGCUACCCCAGCGCGGCCGUCCUCGACAGCUGCGAGAAGGCCCUCAAGGCAGAGACCGAGCGGGUCGAGUCGGUGGCCAAAGUCGUCGGUGACGUUGCCAAGAUAUCCGACGCGCAGAGCACGGCUGAACCGCUCUCUCCCGAAGACCAGACCCGGCGUGCCGAACUCGAGACCAAGAUCCAGAGCAAGGGCAUGAACGGACAGGACAACAUCCGGGUCUUGGAGGAUGUGGUCCAGCAGCACAAGAUCCAGGCCGAGCGACUCGCCAAAGCAACGCAGAGCGGAGUGGCCAAGACCGACACCCUCCAGGAGCAGUCCAACAAGCUCAUGGUCGAGAUCGAGUACAUGCGCAAGGAGAUUGAGCGGCUGAGCGGCGAUAUGGGGGCCGAGAGCGAGGCGGCUGCCAUGCGCGAGAAGAAGAUUGGCGAGACCAUGUCUGUUCUGGCAACGGCCGAGAACCAGCUGAAGGAGCAAGUCGAUCGCAUGAACCACCUCCAGAGCAUGAUCAAGCGGCAGGUCGAGCGUGGCGACGAGCUCGAGUCGUCCUCCAAGACGACACAGCUCUCGCUGCAAAGGAUGCGAGAGGAGAUUGAGCGGCUCAACGUCAUCAUCGAUCAGCGCAGCGAGGACCACCGGAAAGAGUACCAGCGACUGACCGACCAGAUCGUUGACAAGAACCAAAAGAUUGCCCAGGGACUCAAAGAGAAGGAGGAUCUGCAGGAAGAGAUAGCGGUGCUGCGCGGGGAGCAAGUCCGCCUCGUUGCCUUGGUUGAGUCCGCCGAGAAGCUGCGAAAGGCUCUCCUGGAGCAAACCCGACCAAACUCGCCCACCAGCGGUCCCAACCCCAAUGCCGAGCAGGAGCUGGCGGUUCUCAGGUCCCAGAGCCAGGCAGCCGAAGUCGAAAUCUCGGAUCUGAAGAAAGAGCUCGAGAUUGCGCGGGGCCGCUUGGCAACGGCCAAGGAGCUCGAGACGGCGCUGAAGGGAACCAUCCAGGAGCUGAACUUUAUGUACAAGCAGGCGCGGGCGGCAUACAGCGCUGCGGAAGGCAGGGCAUCGGUCGCCAAGGCUCCGUCGCUCCAGAAUGUCUCCAACAAGGUGUAUCCGAGCGACGUCAGCACUGCGCCGACCACGACGAAAUCCAAGUGUCUGGUUAUGUGAGACACACCGUGGGUUCUGGAUCCGUGGAGGGACUCGUUCUGGAGUGACUCGUUCUAGAGUGACUCUGGGGCGUUUCUGGAUACUGAAAUCGAUACCACUUUCACAGCUGCUGCUGCCGCUCAGCUCCU